AAGAGGCGUCAUCUGGGGCGGCCCUCUGAAGGGGGGGCUCCACACACGGGGAUUGCGCGCGUUCCCGCACCGGGUACAUCAUUCUCAUCCUCAUAAUCAUAUUCAUAUUUACGCGUUUGACGUUCGGAGCGCUGCGAGCUCGAGACGAGAUGAUGAUGCCGAUGGUGGACGCGGUCGUGCGACGGAUCACGGCGGAUCUGCUCUUUUCAAAUCGCCAGUGUCGGAAUGAAGGGAAGAGAUGUCCCUAACCUGCCCACAUGGACCUGCCAACAAGUUCUUCGAGAAGUAGCGUGCAGGUGCCUGGAGAUGCCUCAAAGUAUGAUUCCGGGACAUGCAGCCCCACAAGUUACAGUGACAGCGGUGGCCCGAGAGGGGAUCCACGUGUCCAAACUCCUGUAAGCACACCCUCCCCAGUCCUCACCGUUUCACCCUCCAUGGGCUGGUUGCGGCAUGGUGCUGUUAGGAAGAGUAAGACCCAUGACUGUGUGGUGGGCAUGGGAACUCGGGCAGGGCACAGGGGCAGCGGGACUCGGCUGGUCAGCAGCACCAGCUUCUCUGAGCUACACAGCAGCCAGGACGGUCUGUUGCGGGAGAAUCACAGCACCUCUGGAGGCAGCAGAGAGAUCAUAGACUAUCGCAACUUGACGCCCCAGUUGCCCUUCGUUCCCUCCAUUGCCAAGUCUGUUCCGAAGAAAAAGAUUUCUGUGCGUAAGCCAAGGAAGGCAAUCAAGGAGCUGCUUGGAAAGAGGACUCACAAGCAGGAGAAAGCUGCCUCUCCCCAGGCAGUGGUGUUGGCUAGGGGGGGACAUCUUUUGCUGCCCCAGGAGCUACCCCUCUUGAGCCCCUCUGCAGCUCUCGAAAACAGUGAUGCACUGUCUGACUCUUCCUUCGAGCUCUGCACCAGUAUCUGCGAGGAUGUGGCAUCACUCAAGAGCUUUGGCUCUCAUACGGGUUGUGGAGAAAUAUUUGCAGAUGAGGAACACCCUAACUCUAUGCUCAUUCCCAUGGAGCCCAUCCAGAGAAAGGACUCCGAGAAGGAUAGCACUGAGUCCAGAAAGGCCAGCCCUGUGGUGGGGUGCUUCCAGGGUGGAGUGGAGCAGAUGGCUUCUCCAGCUCACUCUGAGAUUCUGGACCUGCUUGGAUUAUGGGGUAGCUUGAAUAGAACUGUUCUAUUGAAACCGAGUACAAGAACAGAAGCUAAGAUGGAAAAAAAUACGAAAGUGAGUACUCCUACACCAGCUGAACCACCAGGUCAGCAAUGCAUAGCUUCUCCUGAGAAAACCCUUAAGCCAGUGGAGCAUAAAACGGCGGAUCCAGAAGAGGCAACACCAAAAAGCGACAAACAGGAAAUCAUCUCAACCAGUGAUGAAGGCUAUUACGACUAUAUCUCUCCUGCACUGGAAGAGAGUGGUAAGGGAUCUCUUACACCCUGUCUUUCCAACCGGUUCCCCAGGGAUAGUUAUAGUGGAGAUGCUCUCUAUGAGCUUUUCUAUGACCCCAAUGAGUGUGGGAUGAGCCCCAUCAUAGAUGAGGAUGUGAAACUAUCGGAGAGCCUUCGUGGACUAGCUAGUGAUUUGCCGUUAUCAAUGUACAGUUUCCAUGAUGGGGCGGAGGAAAAUCUGGCUCCCCCUCUAGCUCUCGAUUUCAUCAGUCAAGAGCUCCUGCAGAGCAGCUGGAAAGGGAAGGAAUGCCUGUUGAAGCUGUGUGACACAGAAAUCUCCCUGGCCAUGGGGAUUGUGAACUGGCUGAAGCAGAAGACCCAGAGCACAGAUUCAGCAGGGUCCGUGUGUGGUAAUGAGCAUGGUGAGAAAAGAUGUACUCCUCAUUUAGGGGAACUACUGUCCACUGAGGACUUGGACAUGGCAGACAGGCAGCCAACAAUGGAGCAUUCUGACCCAGAAAAUUUUGCUUCCAAAAACAGAGUAGUCUCCCUGCAUGAUGAUAUCAUAGCUACAAAUGUCCAAUCCAAGUCCAUUAAAGAAGAAACUAUCUUACCCUCACCAGAGUGUGUCAGCCACAUGGAGAGCCAGAUCAAAACACCCACAAAUGGAUUUUGGUUCAGAAUAUUUAACAAAGAUUCUCCCCUAACCCCCAACAGGGAACUUAAAUCUCCAUUGUUGAGGUCUCCAGGUUCGACUACAAGCACCGUGUUCCUGUUAGCGAUCAACAGGGAAUCCCUAUGUGAGUCCUGUAAGAAGCUGCUGAAACAGGGCUCCAAAGAACUUUACCUGUGCACCUCCUGUGUGUCGUUCAUUGAGUACAUCAAGACGUCUGACAUCUUAAGCCCCAGUGAUUUCCCCAGAAUUGGGUCAGUUGGAACUCCUCGCUCUCUUCCAAGAGGUUUUCUGGAAUCUCCCGUCAGCCCUUGCAGAAUGGAAAGUGAUGCCAGCCUCAUGCACCUGCUGGAACAGUGUAUAAGUCAAAUGUCUUCUGUGAGUCUCAAUGGGAGCAACUCUGUGGGGGGCCAAGAUAAGGAUUCACCCAUAACUCCACUGGCAGAGAGCUUGUGGGAUAAUUUAAAGAGAAAUGUAAAUCUGGAGAAGGGCAAAGAGCAGCAUCACAAGUAUCUCAAAUCCAAGCACAAGGUGAAAAGCAGCAAAACCACAAAGAGAGAGAGCAGCCAUGGCACUAACAGACAAGAUGAGGGCACAGCUUCCUUGCCCCCUCGAGAAAGUGAAAAUCUAGGCACUUCUGAUGAUUUGGAUCUGGUUACAGCCAGCUCCUUGGAUGAGCUCAUUCCAGAGAUGUACGAUAGCUCAUGCUCAGACCUGCCCAGACCCACUUAUCUUCCGCUCUCUAACUUAGCCUACUCUGAGUUCGCCAGCAAGCUAAGUGAGAUGGACUCAUGGGGCAGGGCUAAAGGUCAGCCACGCAAAAGGACGCGGCGACACAAGAAGACUGCCGUGAACCGCGAUGGGCCAUGCGGGUAUGUCAUGCCAGAUGAGAAGAAAGUUGAAUGCAAACGGAGGAUGAAAAAGUGAUGACACAGAGUCUGCGCUGACAUCCUAGCUGACUCCGCCUCCUGUCUACAUCCUGGCCCCUCCCCAACUCCGCCCACAAUUCUCCCUCCAAUCAACAUCCUGGCUCCUCCCCAACUCCGCCCACAAUUCUCCCCCUCCAAUAUACAUCCUGGCCCCUCCCCAACUCCGCCCACAACCCCAAAACCAGUCUAAAACACUGUCCCUCUCAAACUCCACCCAGAAAUCCACCCCUGGUCUACAGUCCCACUUCCAAUCUCAUUUUGAACUCUUGAUGGCAGCUGAUCAGAAGUAUUUUCUCCCCGUGUGUUUUUGUAUUUUUUACAUUACUUUUUGACUCAUCUGUGACGUUUACCUGAAUCUGUAACAAGGAAUCACGUAUCAAGUCUUGUGGUGGCAAGUCUGCUCACUAACUGAGAUACCAGUGUUUGCUGAAACUCUGCUGGCUGCUUCAGUAGACCGAGCAAAACACGAUUGUUACAAAAAGCAACAGAAUGUUUUCUACCGUUCUGCUUGGUUUUAUAUAGCUUUAUUUUAUUUAGGUUUAUUUUUUGAGUUGUCAAACUAGAUGUGUAAUGUGCAAAAAAAUUCAUAUUACCCCUUUAUGUUUUCACAAAGCCUUAAAUGAAUUGAUUUGUUCCUUAACAAUCCUGGUGACAAACUUUUUCAGAAUCUUAACAGUACAUUUAUUCUGCAGCAUUCCUGAGCACAAAAGUUCUCCUUUUGACCUGCUGCUGUUGGACUGUCUUCAUUUGAUUGUCUAGUGGAAUAACUAUGCUGAUUUGGCAUUGUUUUCUUAUCACCCAUCAACCAUGAUUUCACUCCACAAGCAAUAUUUUAGUGAUUAGACACAGCGCAUCUUCUUGAAGAUCCUUUCACUACUCAGUGUGCUUUCGCUACCCUCAGUCGCUCCCCGUUUGUUGAUGUAAUUUGAAUGUAAUGCGUCGCUCAUAAGAGAGUCUUUCUCUGCUGCCGCAGCCUUCCCUCCUCCCAGGCCAGGGGACGGUACAGAAGUCUUCUGUGCUCCGUCUGUGAAUCAGGAGCUUUGUUUUUUUGAUCAUAGCAUAAGAUUGUUCUAAAACAUCCAUCUGUUUUUCUGAGCAUAAGCGAGGGGCCUGCGGUCAAUGUGGUCUUUAUGCCGGACUGAUGGCUGCAGGCUGCGUUCGGAUCAGCGUCGGCAGCCCGCCUCGCCCAUGCGGACGUUCCCCUGCUCGGGCCCACAGAGGUGCCGAUGACCUGUUGCGCCCACUUUUGGCCCCCCCCCCUCUGUACAGUCGCAGAAGAAACCCUGGAUGUGUCAGCGUAACAAUGAAGGGCUUCCAGUUCGUAAGGGGCUGCGAAUACUGUGGCCGAACCCUUUCGUUUCAGCUGUUUGGCAAACGCUCUCGCUAAAACGCUCUAAUUAAAACACUCAUUAAAACAUAUACAGUACGUCACUUUUUCACCAAUAUACAACAGCCGCUUAUAUCUGCAUCCUUAUGAUCCUCAAGCUGAGUCUGUUACCUGGAGUGGGGAUGUGAAGAAUGAGUAAGUGCUAUUAAUAACUGAUGGCGGUGGUGGGGGUUGAUGGCUCUAGCAGGGAGCUGGAUGGGAUGGCAUUCUGGGAAUGGCUGGCUGUACAUAAAAGGGCGGGUGUUGCAUUUCAACCUUGGACACUUUGUUCAGGCCUCGACAAUGGAAAUCUCAACACCCGUGACUGAGUGCAGCCGUUAACCCCCCCCCCCCCCCCCCAAUUGUCCUUCACUGCGCGGAGUGAUAGGGACCGUUCGGUUCACUUCGGCACACAUUACGUUAUCCACUCGUACUGGAAAGAUUAAUGUCAGACGGAGAGCUCCGUUCGGGAUUUAGUGCGCAUUUCUUUAAAGAUUGUUUUCAUUUCUCAAGCUGUAUGACUGAAAAUAAACCUCUGACCAAUAAGAUUGUGUUUAUUCAUAUGACAAGGGGAUUGCCACAUUUUAUUUUUGUUCCAUAAAAAGCAACUUAUAAAUUCCCACAUUUUUUACCCAACGAAGUUUACUGAAUGAAGAACAGCCCCCCUCCCUGAAACCGAUGGUCACGAGCCCCGUUUUUAACCUAUAGCCCACCUGCUUGGCCAUGUGGUUUGUACCAUAAAGACCACAAUUUUAUUUUUUCAAUGUAUCUUUCAUUUUGAUAUAGCUAUGUAUUUUUUGUUUCUGUCUGUUUUUGGUGGUUAAGGCUUAUGAUCUGCUAUAAAUAAAACUACAGUAGAGUAUGUAGGGUUCCAGAUUUCAGCAGGUGUAGUGGUUGAGCAAUGCACUCAGGACUUGCUUUCAGUGGUCUCUGUAGAGUAAAGAAUAAUUACUUCAAUAUGCAUUUUUUAGCAUGAUGCAAUAGUAUUCAUGACAGCAGAAACUAGAGUACUCAUGAAAAACAAGAAUGCUCAUGUCUGCAUGCGUAACUUUUACAAGUGCAAUACAGUGUUUCUACAGAAAGAAGCACCCUAUGGGCUACGGAAAAAUGUGUCUAAUUUUGUUACUCAAAGUAAUUUUUGUGCAAUAUUGACUGGAAAAAUGUGGUUUUGGUUUUGUUUAAAUUCUGAU